AUGAUAACAGAGGAGGACCUGAUAAUCGAAGGGUCUAUGACAACAGUGGAGGUUAUGAAAAUCGAGGAGAAUAUGAAGGCCGAGGAGGAUAUGAAGAUCGAGGCUAUGAAAAUCGAGGAGGAUAUAGAGGUUGAGGAGGAUAUGAAGGUCGAGGAGGAUAUGAAGGUCGAGGAGGAUAUGAAGGUUGAGGAGGAUAUGAAGGUCGAGGAGGAUAUGAAGGUCGAGGAGGGUAUGAAAAUCGAGG